GAGCGUUCGCGGCUCCGCGGCCGCUCACAUCUGGCUGGGUUUGCUCUUUGCGCGGCUGUCCCGCUCUCUUCGUCUCUUCCUUUACUUUUGAGAAACCGCGUUUCCGCUUCUGGCCGAACAGACCUCGGAGCCCGGGAGGCCGAGGGGCAGGCGGGGGCCGCCUGCUGCCCGCCCCCCCGCCCGCUCCGCGCCCUCUUCCCGAGGACUUCUUCCCCGCGUCUCCCUCGCCCAAGCCUGCGCCUCCCCGACCUGGCCGGGAGGAGGGUCCGCCGCCGGGAGAUGCUCUAGGCGGCGCGGGGCGAGCCUGCGAGGCCGCGGCAGGAGCAGGACACCGCGGGAAGAUGGGCUCCCGUGCACUGGGACUUGCGCUGGCAUGCUGCCUGCUGCUGGCCUUCGCCUGUGGCCCAGCACUGGGCCGUGAGCCUCGCGGCCAGAAGGAGCAGCAGGGGCCCGAGGGGACCAAGGAGCCGCCACUGGGCCACACUGAGAGGGCUGAAGAGAGACAUGAAAAGUACAGCCCCAGGCAGGACGAGGAGCCCCCUGCUUCCCGGUGCUUUCGCUGCUGUGACCCCGAGACCCCCGUGUACCAGGCAGUCCCCACACCGCAGAUCAACAUCACCAUCCUGAAAGGUGAGAAGGGUGAUCGAGGGGACCGAGGCCUGCAAGGGAAAUAUGGCAAAACAGGCUCCAUGGGCGCCAGGGGCCAUGCAGGGCCCAAGGGGCAGAAAGGCUCCAUGGGGACCCCCGGGGACCGGUGCAAGAACCACUACGCGGCCUUCUCGGUGGGCAGGAAGAAGCCCCUGCACAGCAACGACUACUACCAGACGGUGAUCUUUGACACGGAGUUUGUGAACCUGUAUGGCCACUUUAACAUGUUCACCGGCCGGUUCUACUGCUAUGUGCCCGGCAUCUACUUCUUCAGCCUCAACGUGCACACCUGGAACCAGAAGGAGACGUACCUGCACAUCAUGAAGAACGGGGAGGAGGCGGUGAUCCUGUAUGCGCAGGCGAGCGACCGCAGCAUCAUGCAGAGCCAGAGCCUGAUGCUGGAGCUGCGCGGCCAGGACGAGGUGUGGGUGCGCCUCUUCAAGGGCGAGCGGGAGAAUGCCAUCUUCAGCGAUGAGUUUGACACCUACAUCACCUUCAGCGGCUACCUGGUCAAGCACGCCACCGAGCCUUAGUGCCGGCUGGCCUCCUGCUGCACUGCCGGAGGCUGGCCUGUUCGCCACCCGCCGCAGGACCCCCAGGGGCCAGCACCAGGCUGACCUGUCAGCCCCUCCCCGGUCCUGGUCUCCCCGGUCCUCACUUCUCCAGCUUUGGCAUCCAACACAACACCCUUCACGGGAGCAGGACGCGACAGUGGCUGUGUGGUUCCAGGCCUCACCAUGGGGUUGGGG